AUGGGUGUAAUCUUUGAUCCACAACGAUUUCAAGAGAGGACGCACAGGACCUUUCCUUCUGAAGCCGUAGAGGCUUUCGGCAUCACUGAGAGCAAGUGGGAGCCGAUUUCCGAUAAUGAGCUACUCAACGGAUGCACAUCAGACUACAUCUUCAGGCAGAAACGCCAGAAGGUGUCAAUCCAUCGCGAUCUCCGUAACUUCAGGCCUACGCGCCUCGAGUUCCAUGUGCCGCACCCGGAUACCGACAUGAACAAUGACUGGUUUGUGUUACUUUUUGUGACACUCCACAAUCUGAUACGCGCCUUUUGCCACGCUCAUUUUCGCUCUGAGAUGUCCAAGCCAGCAGGCAACGAGAAAUGGAGCCCCUGGGAAACUGCCAUGCCACCGCAGUUUCUGCACUACGCUGCAGAGAUCUCACGCAAAGACGACUACGACGGUGGUUGGGAAAUUCUUUUGAUUGACCCCCGCCAGAGGUCGCACAUGGUUAUGGGAAUCGUGGCAAAGGUCCUGGAAGAGCAUGUCACAUCCGAUCUGUUGUUUGGCGCCAGUGAACAUCACCAUAAUGCGCUAUCCGCUGCGGACCGGAACAUGCUGCAAGAAGAGGGAUAUUUUCGUAAAUUUAAGCGAUCUGAAGAGGUGCGCCAGAUUCUCGACGGAGAAAUACUUACUCCACGGUUUUGGGAGAAGGUUGACCACUUGACGGCCGGAACUGCCGCUAUGCUGCUGCCGCUAUUCAACAUACAGCGUCAGCUGGCAGUGGCAUCACAUACAAGUCAGAAACAGAGUCCCCGCACCGGAAUACUGGUCAUGUACCAGCAACUGCAUGAUAUCAUCGCCUUGGCGGGUUAUGCGUCGAUAUGCAUGGCAUGGUCGCCCAGUAUCUUCAAGCUCGAAUUUCCCGAACCCGGCCAACAACUCGACCAUAGCCAGGACCGAGUCGAUGACGAAUAUGUUUUCGGACCAUCACUGAAGCGCGCUAUCCGAGAGGACAAGAACGCAUCAAAAGCGGCAAACACACCAAGCAAGAGUGUUCUCAAGCAUGACUCUGCACUAUUCAACCGCAUAGCCAAAAUCAAGAUCGUCCUCUGGCCAGCUAUACGUCGCUACAAACCCCACUGGGGCAUGCACAGUGCCAGUGGAAAGAGAAUAAUCGACGGCCAGAGCGGCCCAAAUGCCGCAACUGUCACCGUCCUGACCAAGAGUCAAAAUGUGUACUAUGCUGGAAAGAACACAGGUGCUGCCGACACCGAUGAAGGACUGCCAACACUAGCAGCGCACUCACACCGGCUCCUCCCAAAAGAAGUCCCGAUGGACGCUCAUGGGCUACUUCGAUCACAAGGCUGGCGUGGCCUCGGAUACACUUUGCACGCAACCGACGAUAACGUAGGCCUUGCUCGCCCGCUGCUUUUAUCGCGGAAGGACGAUCGCCUAGGCCUUGGAAGUCAGUCUGUCCAUAGCCAGGCCGCUGCGACCAAUCAAUGGUGGCUCGAUGCCUUCGACCAGCAAUUGAAAGGCCUGACCGCAGGCAAGGCAGCUCCUGCGAAUACACCAAAUGCGACCGCAGUUACGCGGCUUGAGCUUCUAUCUGCUGGCGGUCGUGGCUCUAAUAAGUACCGUGGUGCUUACGGCCUGUAUGCUAGCUUUGUGCGAGGCGGCUUGAUCGAGGGCACAAUUUCGUCGCCGAUUACCACGAGCACCAACUCUCCUACUCCUUGUAGUAGUCAGGACGAAGCCAUUGUAGAGGCAAGAGCACCAGAAUCAGGACCAAUAGAACAGACGGGAGCAACAAAAAAGGGCAAGAAACGGAAGACAGAAGAAGAAAACGAAGAGACCAAGAAGCGACAAAGGUUGGAAAAGAAAGAACGGAAAGAAAAGAAGCGGAUAAAACGUGAACAGAGCGAAGCCGAUAGUCAAUCGUGCACGGGAAAGAUCAAGGAUAGAACGCCGGGAAAGAGUGGGAAUGAAGAGAAGAGGGACAAGCUGGCAGCUAGCUCUUGCGACAAGAAAGAGAAGAAAGACCAAAAACGGAGGAGAAAGGAGCUGGGCACGAUCGACGGUUCAGAGGGGCUUGACCAGGCGAAAACCAUCGAAAAAAGCAAACAAGAGGGAAAGUUGCAAGGUAAAGAUGAUUCGACGACUACACAGAGUGACCGGGUGGUUGAGUCAGAACGGAAAGCAACCACUACUCCUAUGCUACUAGACAAGAGGGUCAAGCGGAAGGAGGAGACCAAAGCUGAACGAAAGGCUAGAAGAAAGGCGUUGAGUGUUUCUCUCGACGAAACGAAGGAGCAAAGAAGGGAAAGCAAGAGCGCUGAAAAGAAGCUGCGACGGGAGAGGAGGGCAGUGAAAGAAGCGGCCAAGAAAGCAAAGGCAGAAGCAAAGACAGCAUAG